UAAUGGAACAAAUUUUCAUGAUAGAAGUAUUCGUAAAAAAGAUUAUAUUAAAAGUGGAACCACCUCAGAAGGAUGAAUAUGAGCUAAAACUGGAAGAAGAAGAACGAAAGCGGGAAGCAGAAGCAUUGGCGGCAGCGGAAGCCGCAGCUAAAGGAAAAGGUAAAGGUAAAGGGAAAGGGAAAGGUGGUGGGAAAAAAGGUAAAGGCAAAGGUAAAAAGGGCAAAGAACCCCCGAAGCCAUCUGAAGAAGAAAUGAAAUAUAUGCAAACUUGUACGUUGCAAAUGAAUUGUCUGCCUCUGUUUGACUUUUACGUAGCACAUGACAACUUCGUAGCUCCUCCACCACCACCACCUCCAGAAAAAAAAGGUAAAAAGAAAGCAAAACCUAAAAAACCAAAGAAAGGUAAAAAAGGCGUUGCUCCGAUAAAGCUAGUUUUACCUUCAGACCCAUUACCUCAACCGCCAUACUUCGGUGUAGGUAAUUCAGUCAUGUUUUUAUCACGACCAUCAAAACUCGAAGAAGUUCUCAGCCAAACACCAAUUUUUAUUACUGUAUGGAACAGGGACCAAGAAUUUAACUGUAUAGGUUUUUGCAAAGUCGAUUGGCACGAUUCUUUCUUUGACUGUCUAAAAAGAUCUGCAGAAUUAAACCCAGUGAAUAUGGAUAAAGGUGAAUUCAGAGAUACUUCAAAAACUGAAAUGAUAAGCAAUACUAUAGAACUGACAAGAUAUUUACAAUGCGAGGAGGAUUUAAAACCUUCUGGUGAAAUAGAAUUCUACAUUCGAUUGACUUGUAUGGGGAAUAAUGUGAUCAGUUAUUUCGUUGCUUUACCGGAGAUGGAUCGGAUACCGGGACGUAAAUAUCUUAAUGAUGAAUUGAAGCUAAAAGAUUUAGAAGUAGUAAGGCAUUGGGAUGGAACUACUAUUGACGCUCUACCCCCUGUAGCAUACUUUUUUGGUGCACCUGAUAUUAGUAAAGAGCCAAUACGACCAGAAGAAGAACCAGUUGUAUACGAAGAGUAUACCGCGCCGUUUACAUCAAGUGAGCUUACAAUACUAGCAAUGGGCUUCCCUAAGGGUCCAUGUGGAGGUACAAAUUGUCCGAAACGAAUGGACUACCGUGGUAGUCAACAUCAGUUUAUCCACGGACAAACUGUAAAAGGUAAAUAUCAACACGGACAAUUUGUUAACAAGAGAGAUGUGCAUGGACCAUGCGGUAGAUUAGAUUGCCCAUUAGCCAAAAAAGUAAGGUCAUAUCUCUGUUCCGAAGGCAGUUACAAGCCAUGUAAGAAACCUUGUCCUAAAGAAUAUUAUUGAUUUGAAACCAGAAAUCUCUCGUGGUUAUUUUAA